AACUGUCGGCCGCUUUCACGCGCGCCUCGCGUCGCCUACACCGCGCUGUUGCUGCUGCUCUGCUGCUGCUGCCCAGGCCUGCGCUGGCCUCGCGCUCCUGACAUAUUUCGUGCCGUGCUCGACGGCUGCGCGCGCCCCGGGGCGUUCCUCCGCGGUGUUCCAGUGCCUCACGGUGGACUGCAUGCAUUGCCGCCCGGGAAGGCCCCCUCAGCGCGGACGGGAGGACUGUCAUGGGGCCAACGCCAGCGGCUCGUAGAUGAGCGCGGACUCCGCCCGAGGCGCCAUGCGCGGGCCGCGGGCGUGGUCGCGGUGCCCGCCGGCGGCGCUGGUGCUGGCGCCGGUGCUGGCGGCGCUGGUGCUGGCCGCGGCCGUGCAGGCCGAGUACGUGCCCCCCGGGCCGCGCUACCGCUGCCCCGCGGCCUCGCUGUACCCGUGCACCUGCCUGGCCAGCAGUGACCAGGGCCUGCAGGUUCGCUGCCACAACACCAACCUCGCCACGCUCAGCGCCGGCCUGCUGCAGGUCGCCAAGUUGUCGCUGCCCAUCGAACGCCUGCACGUAACCGGCUGCAACAUCGGCCGGCUGUACGGCGCGCUGCUGCACCCGCUCAAAGUCAGGGUGCUGGUCAUCGAGGACACGCCGCUGACGAGCAUCGACCCCGGUACCUUCUUCGGCGUGAACCGCACGCUGCAGGAGCUCCACGUCGUGCGCACCAAGCUGCAAGCCUUCCCCUCGCAGGCCCUGCAGGUGCUGGGGAACCUGACGCUGCUGCGGCUGGACGGCCACGAGAUUGCCGAGCUGCCCUCCACCGCCUUCACGGAGGGCGAGAGCCUGCUGCCCUCGCACCUCAAGGCGCUGCACGUCUGCAACGGCAACAUCUCGGACCUGCCCGCCGACGUGUUCCAGCCGCUGCGCAAGCUUGGCGUGCUCGACCUGCACGGCAACAACAUCACGCAACUGAAGAAGAACCAGUUCAAGGGCCUGCGCGACGUGGAGACGCUGGACCUCUCCCACAACGGGCUGACCAAGCUCGACUCUAGUCACCUGGCGGACCUCACCAAGAUGGCCACCUGCAACGUGUCCCACAACGCCAUCGGCGAGCUCACUCGGGGCACCUUCGCGCGCAACACCGUGCUGCGCGUCCUCAACAUGUCUGGCAACCGCCUGCGCCGCCUGGACGGCAACAGCUUCCGGGGCAUGCGCUUCAUCCGGCGCCUGUUCCUGGCCGACAACGAGAUCGCCGAGGUGGGCCGCGGCACGUUCGGCGGCAUCACCCGCGUGGGCACCAUCGACCUGGCGCGGAACAGGCUCAAGAAGAUCGACUACCAGAUGUUCCAGCAGCUGCAAUACUGCGAGCUCAUCGACGUGUCGGAGAACCAAGUGACGGACAUCCAGAAGCUCUCCUUCAAGGAUCUUUACCUGGUCAGGAUCAACCUGUCGCACAACGCGAUCGACACCAUCGAGGCGGGGGCGUUCGAAAACUGCGCCAACAUGACGGUGCUGGACAUGUCGCACAACAAGAUCACCAACAUCCCGAGGUCGGCGUUCGACGCCAACACUUACGCGACCGAGCUGCAGCUGAGCUACAACCUGCUCACCGACCUGGCUCAGGUGCCGCUGCACAACAUGACGGGCCUCAAGGUGCUGAACGUGAGCUACAACGAGAUCGAGCGCGUGCCCCGCAACGUGUUCCCCAAGCUGUACGAGCUGCACACCAUCGACCUGAGCCACAACAACCUGCAGGAGAUCUGGAACGGCGUCUUCCAGACCCUGUUCGGGCUGCGCUUCCUCAACCUCAGCCACAACGCCAUGACGGAGAUCCGCAGCUCCACGUUCGGCUCCUUGCCCACCCUGCUCGAGCUGGACCUGAGCCACAACAACCUGUCCGACGUGGGCCGCGGCUCGCUGGCCCGGCUCGCGUCCCUGCGCUGGCUCACGCUCGCCCACAACCAGGUGUCCCGAGUGUUCCAGCUGCCCAUAUCGCUGUCGUACCUGGUCCUGUCGCACAACGCCGUGGCGCGCCUGGAGCCCGGCACCACGUGGCCCUCCAUGAACGCGCUGCUGGGCCUGGACCUGUCGCACAACGGCAUGAAGGACGACGCGAUGCAGCACGGCUCCUUCGCCAACCUGCUGACGCUGCAGCGGCUCGACCUCUCGAACAACGAGCUGACGCGGCCGCCGUGGGAGGCGCUGGGCGACCUCACGUCCCUGCAGUACCUGUACCUGCAGCACAACCAGCUGACGGAGCUGCCGCGCGGCGCGUUCGGCCGCCUGCCGGUCGUGUUCGAGCUCCAGCUCGCCAACAACCGCAUCGCCAACGUGUCGUCGCGCGCCUUCGACGGCCUGCUGCAGCUGCUCACGCUCAACCUCACCGCCAACCACAUCACCCACCUGCCCAACGGCGCGCUGCAGGGCCUCGUGUCGCUGCGCACGCUGGACCUGUCGCACAACCAGCUGGAGCGGCUCGACAACAAGACCCACGGCCUGCUGGACGACUGCCUGUCGCUGGAGAGGGUGAACUUGAGCCACAACAAGAUAUCGUUCGUGACCAAGAAGACGUUCCCCAGCAACCCUUACAUCCCCUACCGGCUGCGCGAGGUCGAUCUCAGCCACAACGUGAUGCCCGUGCUCACCCAUGACAUCACCGCGGGCACCAAGAAGGUCGAGGUGCUGAACGUCAGCCACAAUAUGAUCAACGAGAUUCGCAAAGGAGUCAUCGGCAACCUGACGGCACUACGGGUCCUCGACUUGUCGUACAACGAGCUCGAGGUCGUGUCCGAGGGCUCCACCGCCUUCCGUCCGCCGCGCAACCUCAGCGAGCUGUACCUGCGGGGCAACCGGCUCGGCACCGUCCCCGGGGACGCGCUGGCCGCCCUCAAGCCGGGCCUCACCGUCCUGGAUCUGCGCGACAACCAGAUGACCGCCUUCCACCGGAGGUUCCUGCCGCUCCUUAUGAACGGCACCGAGUUCAGAUAUGAGAACAACCCGUUCCAGUGCUCGUGCGCGUCGCGGCCGCUGCGCCACUGGCUCGGGGUGCAGGCCGCCACCCUGCCGUGGUGGGGCGCGGUGCGCUGCGCCGAGCCCGAGUUCCUCGCCGGCCAGGCCCUGGUGGACGUCCCCGAGGACCGGCUUACCUGCCGGCCGGAGGACCCCGCCUCCAAGGACCCCGACCUCGACAUCAGCCCCGACCUCAAGUUCAGGGAGAUCAAGAGGGACCUGAAGGGGGUGGUGACCGUCUCCUGGUACGUGACGACCAACGAGGACGUGGCGGACUUCCUGCUGAUCGUCCGGGACACCGCCGUAGACAAGGUGCCGACAGCUGCGCCCGUCGAGGACGGUGCGGACGCCGUCGCCGAGGAGCCGCGCGACCCGAGCGUGGUGCUGCAGCGCGUGCUGCCCUACACGGCGCGCUACCACGCGCUGCCCGACCUGGCCGCCUCCGCCAGCCUGGAGCUGUGCGUCCUGGCGCAGGACUCGGCCGGCAACGUGCGUCGCUGGCGUCGCUCGCAGUGCCGCAUGGUGCCCGUGGAGCCCACCGGCCGCUUCGGAGGCCUGCAGCUCGCGAGCAGCGGCGGCGGCCGGGGCCCCGGACGGGCCGCCCCCGCGGUCCUGCUGGCCGCGGCCGCCGUCGUGCUAUGCGCCAGCGCCUGAGCGGCGCCAGGCGCCACCGCCAGAACCCAAGUGCCAUCCGAUGACUUGGUCAUGACGGCCACCAUCACCAUCAUCGCUGCCGCGCGGUUCCGCCCGACGCGUUUCCCUCCAACGCGGUGGCGAUUCUCCAUAGCUGGGCGUGCAGGGCUGGGCACGCCCUGUUGGUCCUUGCCCCGCGCGUGAUGAGGUGGUGUCCUUGAGGUGGCCGCCGCCGGACCCCGAGGCGCCUCGCCGGGACUCCUUUGUCGGGCGCCACAAUGCCGCGACACAGAGCCCCCGCCCCUCCCUCCUCCUCCUCCUCCUCCUCCUUGCGCCCCUCCUCGUGCGGGUCACGCCGCGUGACGCGUGUGACCGAUGAGGCGACGGGGCCGAUGAUCGAUCGGCUGUGAAUGUGAAUGUUGUGUUCGUCGCGAUGGACCAUCAGUCACGGGGUGCCAGUGUGUUGGAACAGGUCGGUAGCAGCGCGCGUAUGCAGUGUGCUGCACUCCUACGGACAGCGUCGCGUUGACAAAACAGUGAUGAGUGGAAAAGGAUUUUUUUGGGAUCCUUUUUUUGUUUGGCGACAUGCCCAAACCAUGCGUAAUACAGGGUCCUGCUAACCUCUUCCGAUUGUAGAAGGGUUAGCGUCCAAAGCUCUGCUUGUGAUAGUUACAAUGUGAACCAAAGGGGAACGCCCCUGCUUCCCUGUUCGAAGUAAUUGCACGGUGUACAGUGUCCUCUAGUGGUGCCGUCGCACCACUGCCUGAUGUCUGUCGAUAACUUAUUUAUGUGAGUGAAGCGAUAUCGCCGACUAAAAUUGAUGAAAUGCAAAAUGAAUCUGAAAAAAUAAAAUGCUUCCGCUCCGUUUUAUACAAUGCUAAAAGUCUGAUUUGUUACGCUUCGAGUACCAAGCCCCAAACUGUAAAUGUAAUAAUAGUGAAUAAUAAUGAAUAAAUCUGUUGCGAUGAUUGACUAA